AUGAGUCUUGUGCCAUAUAAGGAGGGAUCAGUCAUAUUGGAUGACCCCAGUUCUAAGUCUUUGGUGAUUGUGCAUCCUUCAUCCGGUGCGUUAGAGUUCUUCCAACAGAUCCAUUACGGUGACGGAGACUCGAACACUCAAAGAAUCAAGAGUGAUAGAAAGCCUAUUGCUUCUUUCAUCUGCCCUCAGUGUGGUACAAAUAUCAAUCCCUAUACAGACCCAGAAGAUGUCCCGGACAAGAUGCGUGGUGCGGAAAGGACUGAGGAUGAUAGAAGCUCGAAUCAGCGGUUCGGCAGUAGGAUAAACCUAUCGAAGAGUUAUUUUCAGUUGCUUGAAAGAAAUCACAGGCAUUACACUUUGCAAGGAAGCUCUGCAAAAGCUCUGCCUCGGCAGCAAGCUUCACUCAUACCGGAAAAUCUCUUCAUUCCAGGCUAUUUCCAAAAAUUCUUCAAGACCAUAACACUGCUCGGGAGUGGUGCUCGCGGGUCUGUCUACAAAGUGGUGCAUAUGAUUGGAGAUAUCGACCUGGGUGUGUUUGCUCUUAAGAAAAUCCCUAUUGGAAAUGAUAUGAUUUGGUUUCAAAAGUGUAUCAGGGAGGUGAAGGCAUUGAGCUCAUUGACACACAAAAGCGCCAAUUUAAUAACUUACAACCAUGUGUGGUUGGAGAUGAAUACCGCUUGUGGACUUGUUAGAACGAUUGAUGGCAAGGGAUGUGAUCAGGUGGAAGAGAUCCCAUGCAUAUUCAUACUUCAGCAGUACUGUAGUGGUGGGAAUCUAGAGGAUUUCAUUUUUAGAGAUGUAUUCCAGAAAUUCCAAGACCAUCAGUCAUCUGACGAAAGGAAGAAAAAAUUCCUUUACCGCAGAUCACAUCCGAAUGUGUCUUUGGGGUUAUCCACUUUGCAAAUUGCCUCCAUGAUAAGGGACAUCGCUCGUGGGUUGCAAGAGUUACAUGAUAUAGGACUCAUUCAUCGUGAUUUAAAGCCAUCCAAUUGUCUUUUACUGGAAAGUAAUACUGAGCAAUUUUCAAUGCAAGACUAUGUCCCCACAAUAGUAAUUGGUGAUCUCGGCGAGUGUCAGCUGAAUGGAGAAUCGAGGACUGCUUCGGGAGCUACUGGAACAUUGGAAUAUACCGCGCCUGAAAUUGUAAUCACGGGUAUUGGUAGAUCCAGACCAACCGAUUAUAAUGAGUUUACUUUCGCCUCUGAUAUGUACUCUUUGGGGAUGAUUCUUUACUUUGUAAUUUUUGGAGAGCUACCAUUUAAGCCUCAACUGGAGAUGGUAGAUUUGAAGCAGAAGAUCAAGACUUUCACAUUGGAUGAAGAGCAGCUGAUUACAAAGCAUCGGGAGUCUGGUUUGACGCCGAUAAAUGCCGAGCUUUUUGCACUUAUGCAGGAGUUACUUUCGCGGAACGUUGUCGAGAGACCUUCAGCUGCAGAAGUUGUUGUUUUCCUUGAUAGAUUGCUGUCCAAUUUAUUCGCCGAUGAUGUUUUGGCCUCGGCGACGAAUCUCAGUGAAGAUCUCGAUAUAUUAGAUGAGCCGCAGGAUACGGUGGAAAACGCAGGCGGGCUUAUCCCAAAAGUCCAGCAAACUGCAAGCUUGGAAAAUGAACUACUUGUGCUAAAGAAAAAUGAUAUUGUUUCGGAUCGAAUCCCCGAUGCCAAGCUAUAUUUAAAAAAGUGGAUCUAUAGGUUUUGCUGCUUAUUUUUAACUGUUUGCACUCUCUCAAUCUCGGAUAGCACAAUGUGCUGGUCUAUAUAUUUAGCGCUAAUUCUAUUUGGUAUGUCCGUUAAUGCACGUUUUAGUGCUCAAAAAUGGAUGGCGGUAUCGCUCGGUUUUAUAGCAUUAGUCACUUUUAUCAGUGGACAUAGAUCCUAA